AUGGGCAUUAAAGGUCAUUUAGAUUUGAGUGAAUUUGUUGAUUUGGAGAGUUUUACACUUGAAUGUAGCAGAGGAAUAACUAGUUUGGAUGUAAGCAAAAAUAGCAAACUGGUCGGAAUAAACUGUCGAUUGGUUCCAGAACUAAACAAGUUAAUUAUGGGCAAUAUCUCUAAAUUAGAAAGAAUUCAAAUUUUUGGCAACAAAAUAUCCGCUAACCUCAAAGUCUUUUCUCAAUCAAUAAACCUUCACGAAUUAGAAAUUGGGAGCAACGAAUAUUAUGGUAGUGCUUGUGAUUUUUAUGGUUCUUUAAAAGCAUUAGAAAAUUGUGAAAAUUUAAAAUAUGUGGAUAUUUCUAAUAACAAAAGAAUAAUUGGUGGUUUAGAACAUUUGCCCCUCAAUAAUCUUUGUUCUUUUUGUUGUUCUAACACAACAUUUCAAAGCAUACUUCGCCCUUAUGACUAUGACAUUAAAGCUUGGAAACUAGUAAACUACUCCAAAAAAGCAUUGGCAAAACACAACCCUGAAUUGUUGAUUGAAGAAUUAGGAAAGAAGAUUAGAGAAAGUCGAAUAACAUUAGAUGAAAUAAAACAAAAUAAAUCCGACAAAACUAAUAAACGCAUUGAAAGAUUAGAAAGCAAAAUAAUCAUUUUGGAAGAAAUAAGAAGACAAGCAAUAGAAAAAAAUGAAACUUUUUUACGAGCUAACAACUUAGAGAACGAAAAUCAAAAACUUAAAAUUAAAAUAGCAGAAUUAGAAACUCAACUAAAAACCGAACAGCAAAAAAUUGAACAGAUAGCACAAAUUAUAGUUCCUCCAAAAAAUUAUUAA